GGAAGAAAAAUAGUUAGUAAAUAUAUUAUUCUUUUUUAAAAAAUUUCAAGCAUCAAAAUAUUUAGUGGCAUUAGAAUGACCAAAUAGGAAAUUAUUCUGCAACCAUUAUUUUGUUGUGGAUUUUUAAAUUCAGGGGGACGGCAUGAUUCAAAAUGAUUAGCUUAGCUUAUAUAUGAUAAAUGGCAGAGUCUUACUUCAACGCCACUACAUACAAUGUACAGUAUAAACUACCACGAUGUGCAUCUGAUAGGGAACAUAGGUUGAUGAGGCUACCCAAUGGAUUAUUGUGUCUCUUAGUGUCUGAUCCAAGGUUCGAUAAAGUAUCUACUGCAUUAUGUGUUGCAUGUGGUUCGUUUAGAGACCCAGAUUCACUUCCUGGAUUGGCACACUUGUGCGAGCACAUGUUGUUUAUGGGCACAAAGGAAUAUCCGGGACCAAGCUUGUAUUUUGAGAGUAUCCAGAAAAAUGGUGGAGCAUGUAAUGCGUAUACUAUGGGACAGAAAACUUGUUUCCAAUUUGAGGUGCCACUCAAUUUUAACAGCAUGGGAGAGUCUGAAUUCUAUGGGAUCUUACAAAAUUUUGCAAGCUUUUUUAAAAGCCCAAAGUUCAGUUCUAAAUAUUUAAAAGGGGAGAUAAAUAUUAUUGAAAAUGAACAUCGAUCUAAUAUCACUUCUGAAGAGAAAGUCCUUUUCCAUGGAUUAAGAAUCCUUGCAAACAAAAACCAUCUAUUUAGUAGAUUCUCUACGGGAAACUCAACAACCUUAAAGUUUGAAAAUGGAAUUCGUAGCAUACUUUCAAAUUAUUAUUCCAAAUAUUACAAAGCUGAAAAUAUGUCUUUGGUAAUCUGCGGACCACAAUCCGUCAAUCAGUUACAGAAAUUUGUAGUUUCAUGCUUUUCCGGAAUCCCCAGUUCAAUAAAGGAGAAUAUUAAGAGAGAAUCCCCCUACUCUCAGUCGCUUCCAAAGAUAUCUAUUCUUGAAGAUUCGUGGAAUGACAUUGACUCCAAUAUUCCAAUCUUUUCAGAGUUCCAAAAAAUUGUAGGAAUAAAAUCAAAUACUACAACUCCUCGAAUUCAAAUAUUAUGGACGUUAAAACUUUCUAAGCAUAUUAAAUUACGGGUAAGGGCUUGGUGCAGUCUUUUGGGAGAUGAGUCUAUAGGAUCUAUAAGUAGAUUCUUAUCCGAUAAUUACUAUUCUACACUGACAUAUGCUUACUCUCAAACUUUAAGCCAAGGUACAGAAGCAGUAAUCUUGGAAAUCAGUCUUUCAUAUUUGGGAUCGAAAAACGUUCAUAGAGUUAUUGCAGCUGCUUUAAAAUUCAUUGAAGUUCUAGUAUCAAGUGAUCAAUUCCAACUAAGAAUAUACCUUGAAGAACUUUCCACGGUUGAGAAAGUGAAUUUUUUCUAUUCAGAUGCCGUUGAAAAUUCCAUGGAAGAAGCUUCAAGACUCGCAGAAUUAUUACAUGAGGAUUUGAGUGAAAAUGGUCUUGGGGCAACUAAUAUUCUAAGAGGUUACAGUGGUUGGGAGGAAUUUGAAAAUAACGAUUUCAGUAGGAUAAGUAUUGAUUGGUGGGAUCAACUAUGCAAGGAGUUCAGAAUGGAUACUGAAUCAAAUCUUACAAUUGAUAAUGUAAAUGUGAUAAUUUUGGAUAAAGAUUUUGCAACCACUAGGUAUCUUUCAUCAUCAAUUGGUGAGGUUUACAUUGAUCAGUUUUACCAAUUUGAGUUUAUCAAAGAAGAUUUAGAUGUUAAUAAGAUUACUCAACAGAUGUGUCAUAUUGACCCGAGUAGAUUUAGUCUUCCUGAACCAAAUGUAUUUUUGGACUUUAGUUCAUUUGAAAUCAACAAAAGUAUUGAGGAUUUGUCUUUCAAAUCUGGAAAUUCAACGUUUAAAUAUACGACUGUUGCAAAUGCAUCUAUGACAGAACCUACUUUGAUUGACCAUCCAAUGAAACAUGAAACUUGGCACAAGUUUCAAGAUCUGAAAGGCUUUGAAUCUAGAGUUAUUGCUUCAUGCGACUUAAUCAGUACAAAAUUAGAUAUUUCGCCCAAGUCAUGCAUAUCAAUAGAGGUGAUUUGUAAUUUGAUUGAGGGCCAUUUGCGUGCGACCUUGUAUGCUUCAGAAAUACUUGGAUUUACUUGGAGUAUUUUCACUGGCCUAAAUAAUAAUACUUCUAUCGCAAUAACAGUCACUGGAUUGAAGAAUGGGUUUAAAGUAGUUCUAGAAAAAGUUUUUCUUGGAAUUAAUUUAUUCUUGAACAAGGGUAUAUCAAAUGUUCCCUAUAAAGAAUUUAUGAAGGCAAGAGUGAAUGUUCGAAAAAAAUAUGAAAACUUAAUGAAUAGCAGUGGAAUGGAGAAAACGGAGGCAGGAUUUUUACAUCUACUUGAAGAGUACGUCUGGUCACUUGAAGAAAGGUUCGAGGCACUAGAAGAAUUGGAUUUUUAUGAGGUUGUACAUUUUGCACAGCAAUUUGCUAGUGAAAAUACAAAGGUUACCAUGUUUUUACACGGUGAUUUGAAUUGCGAGGAAGCACGUCAAAUGGCAUCAAUCGUCCAGAAUAAAGAAUGGAGUACGGAUAAAUAUAAAUAUCCAUCGGGGUAUUUGAUUCAACAGGGUAAAAAAUAUAUUUAUUCUCGUCCUGCGUCACAGACAGACUCAACAAAUACAAUUAGCUUGUAUGUACAGAUCGGGCUACGAGAAGAUCAUGUAGCUAGAACUUACUGUAAAUUGUUAUCCUUUUUACUAGGGAUUGUGGCACCAGGUGAACUUAGAACUGAGAGACAACUUGGGUAUACUAUAUUGACAGGACAGAAAAUAUUUCGGGCGACUGUGGGAGUAUAUAUUACUAUUCUUGGUUCAGACCAUAGAACUCAAUACUUAAUUUCUCAAACUGAGGACUUUCUCUUCCAAUGGGGAGAACGUAUAUCUAGUCUUUCAGAACAAGACUUUCAAGAAAAUAUUGUCCAACUAUUUCUUUCAAGUUAUCCGAGAGCAGACGGAGGUUUCCCACCAAAUAUAAUUCUUUCAACAGAAGCGGAAAUUGGAAGUGGAACGCGUCCAGGAGGUGAACUGUACCUAGAGCAUAAGAGUUACUGGGAAAAAAUAUUAAACCGAACAUACAGAUUUCUGGGUGUACAAGGAGAAGAAGAGAUAGAUAUUGACAUUAUAAAGAAGUUGAAGAAGGAACACUUUAUAAAGUUUUAUCGUGAAAAUAUAUGUCCUCGAUCACCUACAAGGUCUUCGUUAAUAUUAAGACUAGAUUGUUCGCACCAUACCGAUGAAGAUAAAGAGAAUGUGUACCAUAAUUUGACCAGGAAAGGACUCGAAUCAAAUUCAGAUUCCGAAAAUAUUGCUAAUGAGCAAAAACUUCGUGAAAAAAUGUAUGAAUUGCUUAAGGCAAAGUGGAAAGAAGUUUCGUUUUCAUUGAUCAAGACUAGUCCACGAUUGAUUCUGGGAGGAUUGAAUUCAGGCAAAAGGAGCACUUUGGUCUUGUCCCAGCCCAAAGAAAUUGAGCGAGAUCAGUUCCAAUCCGAGUGUUUUCUUAUUCCCAGUUAGGUUUCUGAUAUGCUUCUCCUUUGAUAAACCUUUCUAUAUUUUCUUUUAUUUUGCACCCAAUGCGCCUGCGUUUAUCCUCUAUAGCGAGAACCCUGCAGAGACACACAUGGAAGAUAGAACAAUUACAAAAUUCUCUGCGCACCGAAAAAAGAAAAAAAGGAAAAAAAAAACGACAAAAUGAUAAAAGAAAAAGAAACUUUAUCGUCACACAUUUUGUCCGAUGGCUUUGAUCUAGAAGACUAUUAUUUUGUGAACAAUCCAGCUCUAUUACUAAAAUCGUAUAUAUAUUAUUUAAAGUAUAUUCAUUUUAAACCAAGCUCUUGAUGGUAUAC